AUGUUUGUCUUCCCAGAGUGCACUUCAGCCGCGUUGCGGUCGUGCGUUGCGGUCUCCCCACCGACACCACCAGACAUUGAUUCCUCAUUUCAUUUGUACCCACUCUCCGCUGCCAAAAUGACGACUCCGUUUCCUCUCUUAUGCCUACCAAGGCUAGCACUGAUUCCUAUUUUCCAACAAAUGAAACUUAUUGAUGUAAUCGCGUUUUCCUUUCUCUCCAAAAGAACUCACAAUCUUUCAAAAUUCCUUCGCAAAAAAACAUCUUUCCGCUACAUCGAUCUGGCAAUAAAGCAUAACUGUCUCCGCAUGAGAAUUGUUUUUACAAAUGUGUCACACCUAUCACUGUAUUUCUACAAAAACGUCUCGACGACAGUAGAAGUGAUUUUUUCGUACAAAAAAAUUCAAUGGAAUAACAUCGGAUUAUCUACAGAACAAUGGGUUGAGCGAGUGCUCGAUGUGACAAAAUGUCCAUCUCUCAGAAAACUGAAGCUUGACGCGGUACCAAAAUUCAAUGUGUUUUCAGUUUUUGAUGUAAUUCCAAAGGUCACUGUUCUUGAAAUAUGGUCCAACUGCUGCAGCGCUUUAGCUAAGAGAGCAGUGGAAGUUCUCUCGCCAGUCACUUCAUCGAUCAAUAUACUUAAAGCUCCAUUUUCGAAUCAAGAAGAAUUCCAGUCAUUUUGGAUGGGGAAUGUUGACUGUUUGAGUAUCUACAACGAUCAUUUAUCGAGAUUUCAAUUCAACCUUAGCUAUCUUCUAAUAUCGAACGCUGUCAAACUUGAAUUGAGAGAGGUGAAGUUGAGUCUGAGGGACCUCAACCGCUUCUUCUCAUACUGCAGAGGCGAAGGUUCGUGUGUUGCUUCACGAGGUCUACGGAGACUCCAGUAUGUACGCACAGUCUCCCUGAAGGUGCAUCUCUCGAUACUACCAGACAUCGAUUCCUCAUUCAUCUCUACUCUAUCUCGCAUCCCUGCAUUGUCUCUGAAGAUGUUUGUCUUCCCAAAGGACACUCCAGCCGCGUCGCGGUCAAUCGCGUUCUCCCUUAUCUCCAAAAGAACUCACAAUCUCUCAAAAUACCUUCGCAAAAACACAUCUUUCCGCUGCAUUCUAGAAAUAGAGACUGACUGUGUUUGUAUGAGGAUUCCUCUGACAGAUGGGCCAUCCCUAACACUGUAUUUCUACACAGACGACUCGACGAUGAUAGAAGUGAUGUUUCCGUACAAAAAAAUUCAAUGGAAAAACAUCGGAUUAUCUACAGAACAAUGGGUUGAGCGAGUGCUCGAUGUGACACAAUGUCCAUCGCUCAGCGUGAAGCUCGACGCGGUACCAAAAUUCGAUGUGUUCUCAGUUUUUGAAGUAAUUCCAAAGGUCACUGUUCUUGAAAUAUGGUCCAACUGCUGCAACGCUUUAGCUAAAAGAGCACUGCAAGUUCUAUCGCCAGUCACUUCAUCGAUCAAUAUACUUAAAGCUCCAUUUUCGAAUCAAGAAGAAUUCCAGUCAUUUUGGAUGGGGAAUGUGGAAUUUUUGAGUAUCUACAACGAUAAUCUAUCGAGAUUUCAAUUCAACCUUAGCUAUCUUCUAAUAUCGAACGCUGUCAAACUUGAAUUGAACGAAGUCCCAUUGAGUCUGAGAGACCUUAACAGAUUCUUUUCAUACUGGUUGGACAAAACAUCUAACCAUCGGUUGGAGCAUCUAUCAGUGAAAUCACUUGGUCAUUUCGAUGAAAACAUUCUUCUGAGCGGAUUGAAUGCUACUCGUUUCACAGAAAAUCGGACUAGAGAACUCCUUUCGACCAACACGUUCUCUCAAUUCAGAGUAUUCACCGGAGGGUUUGAUGUGAGAAGAAAAGAUGGAAAGUUGGCAGCUAUUACAUUCGCAAAGACUUUUGGAAGAACAAAUAUCAAUUUUGAUGUUUCGCCAUGA